AUGAAACAAUCUACAAUAUCUAAUUUAGUUUUAUCACCAUUUAAUGAUAUAACAAUUGUACUUGAGCUUGGCCGUGAAAAAAGUUUCAAAGCUAAACAAGAAAUAAUCAACUAUUUACGAGAACAACGAGCACACAUUUCAUAUAUUCUUACAGCUAGUACUGAUUAUGUUUUGACAACCGAGAAUGUUGAUAGUUAUAAGAUACGUCGUGCUAAACAACUCGGCAUACCAAUAAUCAAUAUUGAAUAUGUGUAUGAAUAUCGUCGCUUACCAUCUGGUCAAUCAUUAAUUGAUAUUAACAAAUUUAUUAUCAAAUCCGUUGAAGAUCAAGAAAAUUUUAUAAAAACUGGAACUAUUCCUGUUGCAGAAUCUCGAGUAAAUUCGAUCAAAAUCAAUAAAUUCGAUCUAAAUAAAAUCAAGUUAUGGAAUUCAGACGAUGCGAAUUUACCUCGUUUCGAUGAUUCAACACAUUGUGAAAUUGGCAAAUGGGCUAUUUUUAAAGAAAUCAACGAUAAUUCAAAUGUAUUUUUCGUUCUUGAACUUCAAAUUAUUCCUGAACAAUACUAUGAUCAAACAACGAGUGAUUAUCGACUACGAUUUCGAUAUGAAAAACAACAACAAGAUAAAAAUAUAUUAAUACAAUAUGCAUUUGGAAAUGAUCCAAAUGAACUACAACAAUUAUUUGCAUCAUAUUAUUAUCGAUUAUCAUCAAUGCCACGUAUAAUACGAAUUCGUGACAAAUUACCUAAUCAAUUCGGUUCAAAAUUAUUAUUACGUUCUUUAUUUACUCAUCGUAUUGAUACACAAAUACUUGAUGAAAAUGUCUGUCAAUUAAUUGAAUCAUUAUGGUUAGAAUCAAUUGGUGAUCUAAAUAAAAUUUUGAGUAUAUCACCUGAAUCAAUCACUCUUAAAACGAUCAUUGAAGCAGAAGCUGUAUUGCUGAAACUCAAAUCAACUCAAGAUCCUGCUGCGGCACUUCAUUUCUAUUCACUUAUACCACAUCGACCACAAUAUACUAUUGAUCUCAUAAAAAAUCGUCGAGUAUUGAUUGAGAAAAUCGAUUUAUGUCAAAUGCUUCGAGAUAUGCUUACAGUUAAUGAAUUAACUAAUUGGAAUGUUAAAGCACCCAUUGAAGCUAAAUACCGAGCAUUGAAAUGCUAUAUAGAAACAAUAGCAAGUUCAACAUCUGAAUAUAAAAAUAUUGUUAAACUUAUUCAAUCAUCAACAGAUAGUGGUGAACAAAUUAUUAUUCAUAAUAUAUUCAAUGUGACUAAACAAACUGAUGUACUUAAUUUUUGUAAUACAUUAUCAAAUCAACGACAACUAUUUCAUGGAUCGAAAUAUACGAAUUUUCUUGGAAUUCUUUCACGUGGUUUAGUCAUGCCUAAAAUGGUAAUUGAAGAAUUAGGUGUUGCACGUACUGAUAUUGGUUGUCUUGGUUAUGGAAUUUACUUUUCUGAUUCUGUUUCUACCUCUCUUAAAUAUACGUCGCCAAGCACAGUACGACCAGGACGUCGAUUAUUAUGCAUUUGUCAAGUAGCAUUAGGUGAAUCAGCUAAUUAUUAUUCAUUUUCAUCAACGCUCAACAAGCCUCCGGAUGGUUUCCACAGUACACACGGAGUUAAACGAACAGAAGAUAAUCAUUCAAUGUUUACUGAUGAUGAAUAUGUAAUCUAUCAAUUAGAUCAACAACUUUUACACUACAUUGUCGAAGUAUCAUGGAUACCGAAUGAUAUUGUCAAUAUUGAAUUAGAACGAUUACCUAUUGUUCAUCAUCAACAAGAUGUAUUAAAAUUAAGUGAACAUGUCGAAGUUCCAAUGACAAUUGAUGAUGAUGUUAUUGAAAUUGCGGAACAAGAUUAUGGUUUGAUAUGUCCAUCAUCAGGCAAACUUGUUCCAUUAAAAUCCUACCAUAUUCGUGCUCAAAUUGUUGAUGUUACAGUUGAAGUUGUUCUCUAUCAAGUCUAUUAUAACAUGAGUUCUACACCAAUCGAAGCAAAAUAUGUAUUUCCUUUAGAUGAAAAUUCAACUGUAUGUGGUUUUGAAGCACAUAUCAAUAAUAAAAUCAUCAAAGGUGUUGUUAAAGAGAAAGAACAAGCUAAACAAGAAUAUCGAGAAGCAAUUGAAAAAGGUCAUGGUGCUUAUUUAAUGCAUCAAGAACAAGCACAAGUAUUUAGUGUUGCUGUAGGUAAUUUACCAGCAAAUACUGAAGUUAUUAUCAAAAUUACAUAUGUUGCUGAAUUAGAAAUUGAAAAUGGUGAUAUCAUUUUUCGUUUUCCAUCUAAAAUGACUUCAUGGCAAUCGAAACAAGCAAUUGAAACUCGAGAUCAAUCAUCGCUACGAUCAAUUGGUAUUGUUGAUGAAAAAGUUGAAUUUAGUUUUAAAGCAUCAAUACGUAUGCCAUAUAAUAUAAUAAAAUUAUUUUCUCCAACACAUCGCCUUCGUCGAAAACUAACUGAUUGUAUAGCUAUGAUUGAACUCCUUGAUAAUGUUCUACUUGAUCGAGAUUUUAUUCUUUCCAUAACACUUGAUAGUACGAAUUUACCUCGAAUAUCAAAUGAAACAAGUGAUCUAUCAAAUAAUUUUAAUUCUCAAGCGUGUAUGCUUACUUUCUAUCCACGAUUUGAAAUAUCAACAAAUACAAAUGAACAAAUUGAACUUAUUUUUAUUAUUGAUGUAUCAAAUUCAAUGAAUGGAAAUUAUGUAAAACAAGCGAAACAAUUAGCUCAUUUAUUUUUAACAAAUUUAAAAACUGAUGAUACAAAUACAUACUUUAAUGUUAUUACUUUUGGAUCAGAUAAUGAUGAAUGUUUUCCAAUAUCAAUGUUAACUACGAAAGAAAAUCUUGAUAAAGCUAAACAUUAUGUUCUACAUUCACCUAUUCAUCGUGGUAAUACGGAUCUAUAUGCUGUUCUACAUCGUUACUCAUUAUUAUCAUCAGUAUCGGUAAAAUUUGGACGUCAAUUUAUUCUUUUAUCUGAUGGACAUAUUCAUGAUCUUAAUUCAAUUCUUCUUCUAUUUAAACAUCGAUCGACAAUGCGUCAUGAUCGUUUAUUUUCAUGUUCAAUUGGUGAUGUUGCUAAUAAACAUGCUUUAAAACAAUUAAGUAAUGGAGCAAGUGGAGGUGGUUUAACAAUAAUAUUUGAUUCAAAUUAUCGAUCGAAAUGGAAAACAAAAGUAUUAAAUAUUCUUGAAUAUGUUCGACAACCAUGUGUUACAAGUAUAUCAAUCGAUUGGCAUGGUCAAUUAGAUGAAGAACAAAAGUUUAAUAUGCAAGCACCUAAAAUGAUUCGAUCUUUAUUCAAUGGUAUGCGUUUGACUGUCUAUCGAUUUAUACGAAAUUGUCAUAAGGCAACAUUAACAGCUAUUAUUGAUGGACAAGAAUUUGUUACUACUGUAUUUAGCAGUCCAAUGACAACAACUAAAGGACGUAUUUUACAUUGUUUAACUGCUCGAGCACUUAUCGAUGAUUAUGAUAAUGGAAUAUUGAAUAUAGACGAGAGUGAAAAUGAAUUGAUUAAGAUUCAAUAUAAACAAGAUCUUAUUGAUUUAAGUAUUAAACAUUCUGUUGUUAGUGCAUAUACAAGUUUUGUUGCCAUUGAAGAACGUGAUGUUAAAACGGAUACAAAACCGGUUCAACCAGGUGUUCAUCGUCUUCAAGUUAUGCUCGAAGGUGAUGAAGACUUAUUACCAUAUAUGGGAUGGGAUGGUGAUGUAUCAAAUUUAACUUCAAUCAAACAGAAAUUAAUUGAUGCACGUAUUUCACUUGAUAGUGCAUCGAUUCUAAGCAAAAGAGAAAUAAUUAUUGAUAUUGAAAAACUUUGUCAAACAAUUUCUUAUCGAACAGGUGGUGAUGCUAAAUUUAAUACAAUGAUGAGUAUUAUACGUACAUAUCGUUAUUCAUUGAAUGAAUACGAUAAAGCAAAUGAAAUAGAAGAUACAAUGAAAAGCGAUAUAACAACUGAAAUGAUUAAUGCAACACCAGAAGAACAACAGAUAUUACAACAACAUUGUCAAGCUAACAAUUUUAUAAUCCCACGCGACGAAAUUGAACCAAUGGUUGAUUUAAAUGGUCAGCUUGGAAGUGAUUUGAAACAAUUAACACCAAUGGAGCAAAAGGUAAAGAUAGAAAAACUAUGCACUAUGGCUGAUCAAUUGACAGAAGAACAAAUAGCUGAGUUUCAAGAAGCUUUUUAUCUAUUUGACAAAGAUGGUGAUGGAACAAUUACAACAAGACAAUUGGGUACAGUGAUGCGCGGUCUUGGUCAAAAUCCAACUGAAGCUGAAUUGCAAGAUAUGAUCAAUGAAGUUGAUGCUGAUGGUAAUGGUACAGUUGAUUUUCCUGACUUUUUAACGAUGAUGGCACGUAAAAUGAAGGAUACUGAUUCGGAAGAAGAAAUUCGCGAAGCAUUCCGUGUCUUUGACAAGGACGGUACUGGAUUUUUAUCAGCUGAUGACUUGCGUCAUAUCAUGACAAAUUUGGGUGAGAAACUCACCGAUGAAGAAAUUGAUGAAGUCCUUCGAGACGCAAAUAUUGAUGAAGCAAACCGUGCAUCAGAAAUACAAUUGAAAAAAGCUAAUUACACACAAGUAUCAUGUGAGGACGAGGAAGCAGCUUUUUCGGACAGUGAAAAUGACGAUAACGAAUAUUAUGAACCAUCUUCUCCUCGGUUUACACCCAUUCGUAGAUCUUCUUUUACGAGUCAUGAUUUGGCCACUCCAAUGAUGGUUGUAACUAAUGAAGAAGAACGCUCUCAAAAAACGAAUUUACUAUUAAGAUCACAACCUGAUUACAUGCCAACAUCUCCUAGUUAUAAAAAAACAGAAGAAAAGAAAGAGAAAAAAAAAUCAGUGCCUGAACCAUCACAACCAAAGUUUGAUACUACAAUACCAAUGAUGGAAAGUUGUAAGAUGCCAUCAUCGGAUCGCAGCGAAAGUCCUAUGAAUAAUAGUAUCGAAUUAAUAACAUCAAUCGAUCCUUUUGACAAUGUUGCAGAUACUUCUGUUCCUUCUCCUGCACCAUCGUCAUCAACAGCAGCAUAUCGAACAAUAUCGCUAUCAGAAGAAGCAGCAUCAUCUUCAUCUAGGCAGGGUGGCAGCUGUAUGGGAUCUUCUAUAGUAUCAGAACCGAAGCUAAUUAUUAAUACAUCUUUUCAAUCCUACAUAAAACCUGGCAAACAUGGUCGCGGUCGAGUUAUUACAUAUGAUUCACAAGAACCUAUUGCUAAUAUACAAGUUGAAACACUACAAACAAAUUCUACAUUUGUACAUAUUGAUCAAGAUAUAUUAUAUGAUGAAAAGUGUGAUGAUGCAAGAGAUAUGACGAAAACUUCAAUAUAUAAUACACCUAUCUGUGAUCUACUACUUCUCGAUGUCUCUCCACUUAGUUUGGGCGUCGAAGAUAUUUACGGUAAUAUGCAUAUACUUAUUCCUCGUAAUACAACCAUUCCAACACGAACUCAAUUUUAUCCAAUAUUUACAAAUGCAUAUGCUUAUCAAACAACAGCUACUAUUCGCAUAUUUGAAGGUGAACAUACUCUCACAAAAUACAAUAUGUUCUUGCACGAAUUCAGUCUUUCUGAUUUAACAAAUAAUUUUGCUGCUGAGACACUUGAAAUAUCUAUUCGUAUGGAUAUUGAUGCUAAUGGUAUACUUCAUGUCGAUGCUGAAGAAGUUUGCUCGGGUGCCAAAACUUCAUUGACUUUCGGAAAUGAUAAACAUAAAUCAACAAAAGAUGAUAUUGAGCAACAUAUUUUAUUUAUAGAACGUGAUGCAAAUUGUAAAGCUAAAUAUGUUCGUAACCGUAAACCAGAUGAUCCUCGAUAUCCAUUGAAUGGUCAAAUUCAAGGUAUAAUACACAACUUUUCCAGUGAAUUUGGUACUUCAUUCGGUCAAACGAUUACUGCUCCACUUCUCAGUAAACUAAAAGAUAUCCGUUUUACAACAACAAUGAUUGAAGAGCUAAUGAAACUUCAAUCUGAAGAUGGCUCAUUUGCAUUAAAUAUAGAUUUAGCUAAUGUACUUUAUAUCAAUCAUAAGAUCUUUAAUGAUCUUGAACAUUAUUUACGUGAACAAGGCUUUAACUCACUCGCUUUAAGUAUACAAAAUGAAAUUCUUCGUUUGAUUGGUACGGGCAUCAUUCUCAUAUGGCUUGUUUUUCAAGCGCAAGUUUUAGAACAAAAUACAUCACAAUUUAAAUUUAACUUGGAACAAAUCAUGAUAUCUACGGUUCCUCUGUACAAUCAUUUACCUUCUAAGCUGAUCGAACAAAUUAGCAAAGCUAUUGAAUUCUAUCAACAAACAAGUCAACAUAAUAAUAUAUAUUGUAGUCAAUUGGAGUUGAAGGAUCCAACGUGGGACAUAUUUAUUCAACAUUUGUUCAUUGAUAUCGAUCAUGUCAAUAAUUAA